ACCACAACGUUCCUCUCUCUCCUCUCCCCCCACAACAACACAAACACACGCUCUCCCUCUUCAACCUCAACCUCCCCUCUUCUCUCUUCUUCCUCUUCUCGACCAUUCCACUCCCACACACUCUCUCUCUUCGACACUUUCGUGAUUAAUUCAUUAAUCUUAUAAUCACGUAUCCUUCUUUCGUCCUCGAUCGCUACUAACCGUGUCGUUUACUACAUCGUUUUCGCUUUCGAGUCCAGAAGUCCUCAUUGGUUACUGGUUCUUUAAACACGUACACCCGUGUCGAUAAUAGAACGUUUUUCGAGAAAAGGGCAAGAUCUUUCUCGCCAGCCGGUCUGCCGUCCAAUCGGUGGCCUUUUACGUCUACCUUUUAUUCUUGGGGCUUAGAUUAAAACUUGACCUCCGAGUCGAGGAGUAUAUACCCUAAAGUCAAUUAUUUUCUAAACACCCCCCUCCCUCUCAAUUAAUCGCCACGCUCUCGUUCCAUCAAUCCUCAACCACAACCACCACAGCAACGUUAUACCAAAAUGCAAGCGCGUCGAGCUACUCGCCAGCGCUCCUCGAGCAAUAUCGAUAAUAAUGAUGAGAACCGAGGCACCGCGGGUGUCUCCACUCGUUUGACCCGUGCUAAAGCAGCUGCGCUCACCUCAUCUGAUUCCGCUACCUCACUGCCUGCGAAAACCACCACUACCGGUGCUUUACCCGCAAACCGAAAACGUUCUGCUCUGGGUGAUGUGAGCAAUGUCGUUAAGGCUGAUGGUGUGGAUGAUAAGAAGGCCGGGGGGAAAAAGGGUGGGAAACCUGCUCUGUCAACAAAGACCGUCAAUGGGGUUACAAAACAGACGCGUGCGAAGGCACAGCCCAUCAAGAGUGUUGCACCGGAAGAGACCAAGAGAACCAAUAGCGGUUCAGGUGUUUUAGCUGCUCGCAAGAAGAAGGCUGCUACAGGUGUUCCCGGUGCCGGCAGUGCUAAGGCCAAGGAGGAUAGGGAAAAUGAAGUCGAAUCCGCAAAGGUCACCAUCUCUAGCGUUGAAAUCGAAGUCCCAGCCAAAUCUGAAACCGAGGUUGUUCGUGCUACCAAAAAACCGCGUGUGGAGGAGCGUUUGGCACAUAACGAUCUCGAUGAGGAGGAUCAUCUUCGAAUACCUACGUGGACUGGAAACUACUACUAUGCCCAACCCUGA